AUGCUCCGGAGAUAUUUCGUGGACGGGUCCUCCGUCUCGUUCGGCAUCCGACGUCUCAGCACGGAUAUUUUUUCGCCGGCGAAUCUUCAGAGAACUCUACGUGAACUGAAUGAGCCUAAGAUUGCGGAGAAAGCUUUCGGAACCUUCACUGCCGAUGGGAAAGCUCGACAGAGCGCGGUUCUCAUACCGCUGUGUUUACACAAGAAGCAACCGUCAAUACUUUUCAAUUUGAGGUCGAAUAAAUUGACUCGGCACAAGGGUUAUCCGUGUUUCCCGGGCGGCGUUGCAGAGGAAGCCGAUCGAGACAGCACGCACACGGCCCUGAGGGAGACCGAGGAGGAGCUCGGAAUCAAAUCCGGCGAUGUCGAGGUCAUCGGAGCGAUGCCGAGGUUCAAACUUCCGAGGGACAAGAUGGAGAUAACCGCUAUCAUCGCUAAUAUCGGCGAUAUCGACUCCCAUAAACUCGACAUAAACUAUGACGAAGUCAGCGUCGUUUUUAGUAGAACCGUCGAGGAACUCUGUGAUCCGAAGAAUAUCGGCGAAACAUCGUUUCGUGGAGCCCACAAGGACGUCAUAUACUCAUCGCCCGUAUUUAUAGCAGGGGAUUACAAAAUCUGGGGAGUGACAGGAAUGCUGCUCCACCUGUUCCUGGGACGCCUCGUACCUGAAUUCUACCGGAAGCCUGCACGCCCCCUCAAGUUCCGAAGAUUUUAUGAGUCCGGAGCCGCAGUCGCAUAGAUUCUAAUAACUAAAAAUAUGUGGAAUAAAGAAUAAAGGUUGUUUGGUUUUUUUUGUGUCG